AGGAACCCCGGCACCACGCGUACAGCGGCGUCGUCAUCUUCAUCAUCAGCAGCAGAUCUGGCGAAAGAAAUCUGCGCAGCCUGGCUGAAGUGUUAACAAAGACAAAGAGCCUCGGUCCCACCCCUCCCCACCCCCCGUAUAGCCUUAGCGGACUGUUGGGGCAAGUGCUGUGUUAAGACACGCUUAGAGACACACACCCACAUCGCUACAGAUGUGGUACACGUCGACAGGAGAUGCUUCCCCAUAAUAGAUAGCCUUCACAGACUGUUGGGGCAAGUGCUGGUGUUGGCGAGCGCCUGCACACACACACGUUCACACACACACACGUUCACACACACGUACACACACGUUCACACACACACACGCUCACACACGCUCACAAGUACACACACACUCACACGUACACACACACACGUACACACACACACGUUCCCACACACACACACACGUUCACACACACACACGCACACACACACACGUUCACACACACGCGCACUCACACGCGCCUUACAGCUGGGAUCUCUCUUCGCGCGCGGCCGGUGCCACAGUCACGACAUCGUCAAGGGACGUAGCCACCUUGACCGUAACGGUGAAGUCGUCAUCAUCAUCGCCGUCAUCGUUGAAGUCCUCUACCUUCAUCGGGGGCUCUUCCGCCGUCGUCCGCUGCUGGUGACGCAGGCGAGGAUGGGACGAGGGGUGACGAUGUUCCAGUGACAACCAGAGAGUCCUGCUGAUGAUGAAGAUGAUGAUGACGACGCUGCUGCUGCUGCUGAUGAUGAUUCAGACGAGGACAUAUGAAAUGAGUUACGCGCAGAAGUUCCCUUGUGCGUCUCUCUGAAGGCCACGGUGGUGGUGAUGUUUACGAUGGUGGUGACGAUGUUGACGACGACGGUGGUGGUGGUGGCGAUGACUCUGCAAACGCAGUAAGUGCCGAGCCGCUCGUCUCGGCUUCCUCCUCUUCAUUUCCCCGUCGCGUGAAGACACAAGACCGACGGAGUUGUUUACUGCUCAAGAAGACUUCUAUAUAUAUAUAUGUUGUUAAUAUAGUUCACGAAUAGUUUGUGCUAGAUUAUUUUAGUCUGAGAGGGUGGUGUUGUCGGUGGUGGAGAGACUGGACCCCAAGAGGAAGGCAGAGGAAACGAUCCCAGUCCGGUCCGGCAACUCCACCUUUGUGGCUUGGUGAAUGAGCGCCGUUGUGGGGGUGGUGCUCGACCAUACUUCACCAAGCUGGGCAAUGCGGCUUGUCGGUGAGAAGGUGUCGUGCGUUGAAGAUGAAUCAACGUCCCUCUGCGUGAACACGAGCUCCGAGAGCCAGAUGGGUGCGUGUGUCCGUGUGUGAGCAUCGGUCUGACACCGCUAAGAGGGCACAGAGGGGUACGUGCGUCACCCUGAAGUGCUCCACCCUGAAGUGCUCCACCCUGAAGCGCAACUCCUCCUCGUCAUCCGCGGGACGACCUCUGGCGCAGCGAGAUGGCACCGCUCCCUCUCGAGUCGCCCACGUGCGCCCUUGACGUCACGGAAGUUCCGUGUUGUUCGUCCCGAUAGAGAGAAACUUUGCGGCCGUCAUCAACAAUUCGGGCCCUAGAUCCGAAACGAAUUGUUAACCCGGCAGAGUUAAACAUCACGAAGCGCGAACGUGUUUCUGCGCAGCAAACUCUUGAGUUUGGGGACGUCGUGAGAGAGUGAGACGCACGCGGCCCUCGCAUCGAUGAUGGUCUUGCGGAUGCUGUCGCGACAUCGAUGAGAGUGGACACAUCUCGAGACCUGGAGGCACAACGUCGCAGCGACACGGCGAAGACCGUCGUGGUCGGGUGGCAGGAGGAGGAGGACGAGGUGGAGGUGGAGGAGGUGGAGGAGGAGGAGGAGGAAGAGGAGGGGGAGAACGGCGAGGAGGUGGAGCAGAACGAGGGUCCACUGCGCGAGUCUAACUUCGCGCUCGAGAUUCUGCAGAACAGCCGCAAUGCGUGGACGGAAGUGAUCGGGCAGUUUUGCGCAGACCUGGAGUGUCCGUCUUGGAGAGAGGAUUUUGGUGCCCCACGGGGUGGCGAGGCGGAGGACGAGGUGGUUGAAGAGGAGGAGGAGCAGCGAGAGAUCGACGAGGAGGAGGUGGAGGAGGGAGAAGUGGAGGGGCAGGUUGAGAAGCAGGGCUGGGAGGAGGUUGAAGAGGAGCAGGAGAGAGACGUGCAGCAGCAGGAGGAGGAGGAGAGAGACGUGAAUCAGCAGCAGGAGGAGCAGGAGAGAGACGUGGAGCAGGAGGAAGAGGAGCAGGAGAGAGACGUGGAGCAGCAGCAGCAGGAGGAGCAGCAGCAGCAGCAGGAGGAGCAGCAGCAGGAGGAGGAGAUCCGAACGGGAGUAGGAAUGAGAGCAGAGCUCCUGAACAAGGCUGAGUCUGACACGGGCUCGUCGGCAGAGUCGUCGACUGGCAGCGUGACCGCGAGAUGCCUCGGCCUUGAAGACGCCACGCGGGGCGAGACCACCACCACCACCAUCAUGGGAGGAGGUCUCAAGCAGCAGCAGCAGCAGGACGUGAGAUUGAGGAGAAGUAGCUUUGAGCGGCAGCAACGCGGUGACCGGCGUCAGCAGCAUCAGCAGACAGCACCUCGGCCGCGUCCUGCGAGUUUGUACAGCCACCCGGAGCUUGCGAGCGGCGGACUCCGCAGCAUACCCGAGCCUCCGGCGAAGAGCCCCACGCCUCGACGUCCACGGAGCAUCUGUCUAUCGGGAGCAAGCAGCCGGGCAGAGGGAGACCUCGCGAGGCACGGCACCUGUGGGACACCCGCCACUGAUGCAGCCGCUGUCGGUGCUGUCGGUGUUGCUGCUGCUGCUGGUGGUGGUGGUGGUGCUGGCGGUGGUGGUGGUGGCGACGAUGUCGCAGCGCCAAUUCGUCGUCACAGAGCAUCGUCCUUCACCUGUCAAAUCGACGCAGAGAUCCUGCGUCGUGGCAGCGCUGCGGCGGAUGAUGGCGCUGGUGCAGGCGCAGCGCAGAGGAGGAGGACCCGGCCCAUGAGCCUCAUGGUGGAGCCCACCACCAGGCCCGAAAAGCCUCCCGUCGACACGAGGAGAGAGGGCGCAGAUCCGUGGAGGUUCGCGCGACGUCUCGUGGCUCUGAGCGCCAGCUUCAAGAAGGCGCGCGGAACCUCUGCGAGAGGACGCGGUGGUGGUGAUGGUGGUGAUGGUGGACGUCGUGAAGAAGUUGCCACCUGCAGAUCCCCAGGUCGUGUUGAGGAGCAACGGCCGAAUGCGCACUCAACGCCUCUUCGUGAUCAUCGUGAUGAUGGAUGUCACCACCACCAUCACAAUCACUCCCACCGCUAUGGCAGUAAUGGAACCCUCAACAACGGGGAACAGCGCCAGAACUGUAGCAAUCAUCAUCAGCAGCAGCAGCAGGCUGGGGAGUGGAAGUUUGUGGGACUCAUCAGGAAGAGUUUCAGCUUCCGACUCAAGGGCAGCGGUGGUGGUGGUGGCGGCCGGCCCAGGCCGCACGGAGCAGGCAGCCCGUGCGGCUCUCCUGUCCUCGGCAGGCGAAUGUGGACAACGGCGGAUCCGAGGGCGGCCAACGGAAGCGCCUCGCACAACGGACUGGGGCCUCGCCAGACGGGCUGCGGAGGCGAAACGAUCGCCGCCUCCGACAUCACCUGCACGACCACCUCCUCCUCCCCGUCAUCAUCAUCAUCAUCGCCACCGCCGCCGUCAUCGUCGGCAUCGUCGGCAUCGGCCUCGUUUCUUCAGCGGCGUUUCUCGCGGCGUUCCAGAGACCGCCAGGGCAGGAACAAGACCUGGGACGGCCACGAGAUUGACGCGGUCUUGGGGAGCCCCGGCUCACUCGGCGCGACGCACCACGACGGGAGGAUCAGGAGGCUGCUCAGCAGAAUCUUCGUGCGUAAAGACGGAGAUGGAACUCCGACGACGACGGCUUGUGCGGCGGAAACCUCCUCCUCGUCGUCGUCGGCAGCUUUAGCCGCCGCUGCUGCUGCUGCUGCUGCAUCAUCGUCACCCGGAUCGCGGAUGGGUGGCCCGGCUGGAGAGGUCGGGGUCGACGUGACCCCGCGAGGUCACGCCGACCCGAGGCCGACCAUCAUCGUGGUGGUGCACGAAGGUGACCGAGGUGGUGUCGGCGAGACGGAGGUUGCCUCUCCAGCCCACGAUUUCUCCGCGUUCCCCGGCUCCGCUCCGCACGAUGGCUCCAACCUGGCAAACGCAUCCCCGGCUUGUCUGUCGGCCCACUCGCUGUGCGGGGGCGAGUGGGGGCCCGCGGAGGGGCGGGGGGGGGACGCCCCCACCCCCACGCUCGCCCGCAGGGUGCCCAAGCGACGGUCCAACAUCUUCACGAGGAACAGCGACGUGGAGAAGGAGCGACGGGCGGCGGCCGGGGGGGACUGCAUCGGCAGCGGCCGCGCCAUCCCCGUCAAGCAGGGCAUCCUGCUGAAGUGGGGCGGCACCCUGAACAAGGAGUGGAAGAAGAAGUACGUGACUCUGUGCGAGGAGGGCCUGCUCACAUACUACCCCAGCCUGCACGACUACAUGCAGAACAUCCACGGCAAGGAGGUGGCGCUGCUGGGAACCACCGUGAAGGUGCCGGGGGCCCGCCCCCCCGGGCCACCUCCGCCUCCUCCUCCUCCUCGGCCCCCGCGGCCCCCCACGGCCCCCCGGCCCCCAGCCCCAGAGGCAGCCACCUCGCCGGAGACGAGAGCGGGGCCACAGCCCACAACGCGACCGCCAACGGCACGUGUCCCGACUCUGCCGUCCUCCUGCAGCCCCCCGGCGGUCUCCGCCGCGAGCCCCGAGCCGGCGGUGCCGGGGAGCGACGGCCACGGCCGCUCCGGCCGAGCCGGCAGCGCGUCGGAUGACACGGUGGGGUCCAGCCCCAGCCUGUCCGGGGGCAGCUUCAGGCAGGACCCCGCGGCGUCGCCCGUCGCCACGCGGCGGAGACACAGACGCCACGGAGAGGAGUCGUCGUCGUCGUCGUUGGCGUCGCCGCCGUCCCCGUGCGACUUCACCGUGGUGUCUCUGACGGGAGAGAGUUGGCACUUCGAGGCGGCGAGCGGCGAUGAGCGCGGCGCCUGGGUGGCCGCCAUCGAGGGGAGGAUCUUCGCCAGCCUCCAGUCCUACAGCAGCGGCGGGGGAGGGGACGCACGCUCCGCACCGUCGCCCCAGGAGCUGCAGCGACGGCAGCGGACGAUCGAGGAGAUCCGCAGCGUGCCGGGCAACGAGCGCUGCGUGGACUGCGGCCUUCCCAACCCGAGCUGGGCAAGCCUCAACCUGGGCGCCCUCAUGUGCAUCUCGUGCUGCGGCGUGCACCGUGCGCUGGGCGCGCACCUGUCGCGCGUGCGCUCCCUGCAGCUGGACUACUGGCCGCCCGAGCUGGCCGCCGUGCUCACCGCCAUGGGCAACCGCCUCGCCAACAGCGUCUGGGAGGGCGCCCUCGACGCCGCUGCCGCCGCUGCGACGACAACGACAACGACCGAUGCUGGCGCGAACACCACAACCGGGGCGACGAAGGCGGACGCGAACGCCGCCGAUGCGAGCGCUGGCACGGCCGCCACCACUGCCGCUGGACGCAGCGAGGGAGGGAGGGGACACAGAAGGAAGCCGCGUGCCGACUCCAGCAGGGAGGAACGCGAGCGCUGGAUCUGGGACAAGUACCGUGAGCGCCUCUUCCUGGCGCCGCUGCCUCCUCCUCCUCCGUCGCCGCCAUCGUCGCCGUCGUCGCCCGGUGCGGCGUUCGGCACGCGCCUCGCCAGCGCCGUCACUGCCGGAGACGUGCGCUCCGUGGCGCUGCUGCUGGCUCACAGCGAGCGCGAGCAGGUGAAUGAGGCGUGCGCGGGGGGGUCACGUGACGGGCCUGGCGGGGAGCCCAUCCUUCACCUCGCCUGCGCGAACGGGGACGUCGUCACGACGCAGCUCCUCAUCUGGUAUGGCGCCGACGUGCGCCGUCGCGAUGCUGCGGGUGUCACGGCGCUGGCGCGCGCCCGUGCCGCACACAGCCACCUGUGUGUCGACGUCCUGCUCGCCCACGGCUGCCCCGAGGGCGACUGAGGCUGCCCGCUCCACCUCGACUGGAGCCACCCUCACCACCUCGACUAGAGUCACCCUCACCACCUCGACUAGAGCCACCCUCACCACCUCGACUAGAGCCCCCCUCACCACCUCGACUAGAGUCACCCUC